CCCUCCUAUACCUCCUGUCCUGCGACAACAUCUUCUCCCGCGACCAUCAAUCCAGGUAUUGAAGGUUUCUUUGGGCGCGAACUAUGUCUACUUCUACACCCUCGACAUAUCAAUGCCGAGUGGCCAUUGUAGGCGCCGGCCUUGGAGGUCUAGCAGCUGCCAUCGGUAUAACACUUGCAGGACAUAAAGUCACUAUCCUCGAGCAGGCUGCACAACUCGGAGAGGUUGGUGCUGGUAUCCAAAUCCCACCCAAUAGUUCGCGUAUCCUCGGACAGUGGGGUCUCCUUCCUGCUCUCGAAGAAGUCUCCGUCCGACCCCUCGACUCCGUCCUUCGCUCGUACCGGGACGGUGCAGUCUUGUCUCGCAUCAACCUCGUCCCAGGGUACGAAGAACGUUUCGGAGCACCUUACUAUCACAUCCACCGUGCCGACUUCCAUCGCAUCCUUGUCGAGAAAGCUCAAGCCCUUGGUGUCCAGAUCCUCCUCGGUAAAGCUGUCCGGACCAUCGAUUUCAAUGCACCGUCGCUUACGAUGGCGGAUGGAAGCUUGUAUGAGGACGCGGACGUGAUCAUUGGCGCAGAUGGGCUGAAAUCGGUUUGCAGGGAGCAGAUGUUAGGACAUCCUGAUCCUCCGCAUUUUACUGGUGAUUUGGCGUAUAGGAUCAUCGUGAAAGCUGAGGACAUGAAGAGGCAUGACUCGCUCCGGGACCUCGUUGAGCAUCCUUCCAUCAAUCAUUGGAUGGGUCCCAACUCUCACGUCGUUUGCUACCUCCUCAAGGGUGGUGGACUGUACAACAUCGUUCUGGCUUGUCCGGACGACCUGCCAGAGCUGGUGAGCACGCAGAAGGCGGAUCUGAAGGAAAUGAGGGAAAGAUUCGAGGGUUGGGAUCCCAGGUUGACGUUGUUGUUGAGUUUGGUGCAGGAGACGAGCAAGUGGCGGUUGCAGAACAGUGAGGAAAUGGAUAAGUGGAGUCAUGAAGGCGGCAAGUUCGUGCUCAUGGGUGACGCUUGUCAUGCAACAUUGCCAUACCUAGCACAAGGAGCCGCGAUAGCUGUCGAAGACGGUGCUGCAUUGGGCACACUAUUCGCACACGCCACACAUCCCUCACUCGUCCCCGACGUCCUCACGAUCUACGAGCAGAUCCGUAAAUCUAGGACUACCCGCGUCGUCCGAGGAUCCACGAAACAACGCGAUAUUUUCCACAUGCCGGAUGGACCUAGACAGCGGGAGCGGGACCGCCAACUGCUCACGUACGCUAACAACCUCUUUGAGGGCUACCCGAACCAGUGGGCGGACCCUGUCUUCCAACCGUGGCUCUACGGUCACGAUGCGUUCCAAGAGGCGGAGCAAGCGUGGCAGAGGUAUCUUCGAGGACACAUCUUUGGGACCACCGGUGCUUUCAGGGAGCUGGGAAUGAGCUUGGAGGACGCGAAGCUGUGAUUGACAGAGGAGGUUUGAAUAAUAGAGAAUCUGUAUAUAAACAAACCAUCUAGACGGGAACGAGGGGUCCUAGUGUAUAAGUAAAUAUGCUUAUGUAUCGAAUGCUGAUCUAUAGGAGUGCAUGUCUUGUUUGCUU